UUCCGACCCAGGUGCAACAAGAGUCUACCAUUGUAUUGUAGAGAUAACAGGGGACUCUGUAGUGAAAGUAUUCAAGGGACCAUAUGUACAAAAUACACGGACUCAUUUGCAAAAAAAUGUUGGUGAUGAUAACGUCCUCUUGGUAAAGUUUAUGGGGCCAUCUUCAGAGUCUGUGAUUGAUUUUCUACCUUACCAUAAGGUUGCUGAAGAUGGUAUUAUUCUGGGUUUACGCCGCUACCGUUUUUUUGUUUACAAGGAUGGAGGAAAAGAUGAGAAAAAGAAAGAAGAGAAAAUAAAUUGGGAAAACAAGAACUGCGCUUCAGGCGUGAAAUGCUACUUUGUUCGCACAGAGUCUGGAUGGAAUAUGGAUGAACCUUACAUACUCUCUGGCAAGACAAUCAAUCAGGCUCGCAAACUAUUCAUGCACAUACAUACUGCUCCCACCUUGGCGAAAUACAUGGCCAGGUUUGCUUUGAUACUAUCGAAAACUAUCACAAUGGAGGUUGAUUUAUCAGCGCUUCAUGUUAUACAGCUUGAUGAUAAACCUUGCAGCGCUGAAAAUGGGGGCAUUGUUCAACGAGAUGGGGAACUCCUGAUCCAUACUGAUGGAACUGGCCUAAUAUCUGAAGAUUUGGCUGAGAAAUGCCCAACAAUUAUGUACAAGGGAAAACUUUUGAAGUCACAAGAUGUUCAGGCUUGUGAUGAUACACUUACGACGUCCCCCCGUGCGAAGAAACAACGGCUUAUUGCCAGUAAACCUCCUCUUCUUAUUCAGUUCCGGAUGUUCUAUAAAGGAUCAGCUGUUAAGGGAACUGCAUUAAUUGACAGAAGGCUUCCUCCUGGAACUAUUCUUAUACGGCCAUCAAUGAUAAAAAUAAAAUCUGAUCCAAAAUUAUGUGGUGUACAGUCCGUUAACUCUUGGGAAUUGAUAAAAAUGAAAGCUGAUCCAAAAUCAUAUUGUGUCCAGUCCGUCAACUCUUUGGAAAUAGUGACAACGAGCACUAAACCGAAAAGGACAUUAACAUCGAAGCUCUUGAUUGCACUACUUCGCUAUGGAGGAGUUAAAGAAGAGUUCUUUAUGGAGCUUCUAGAGAAUGCAAUUGAAGGGGCUGAGAACGCUCGUUGUGAUUAUGAAGACGCACUAAACAUUGCAUUUAUCUAUGCGGACAUGGAGGAUUCGAUAUCAGCACGAAUGAUUUUAUCUGGAAUUCCACUAGAAGAUGCAUAUUUGCAGUCCAGGCUGGCUAUCAUGGCUCAACAAGAAAGAAAGGGAAUCAAGCAAGGAAAGCUACCAAUCAGUGAUUGCUUUUAUUUGAUGGGUACAACAGAUUCUACAGGGAAACUCAAAGCCAAUGAAGUUUGUGUGAUCCUUGACAAUGGACCAUAUUGUGGAAAUGUGCUUGUCUAUAAACAUCCUGGGUUACACUUUGGUGAUAUACAUGUCUUGACAUCAAGAUAUAUCGAGGAUAUACAUGACGUAGUAGGAUAUUCAAGAUAUGCUAUACUUUUCCCUACCUCUGGCCCACGAUCGUUGGCCGAUGAGAUGGCCAAUAGUGAUUUUGAUGGGGACAUGUAUUGGGUCUCAAUAAAUGAACAGUUAUUAAAGCAGUUCAAGCCUUCUAAACCAUGGGAAUGGGGCCAAGUAAAUAAACCAAUACAGGCCGAGAAAAAGUGUCUUUUGGAUUUAGACGAACCCCUACUCGACAGGAGUUUGUUUCAUGAAUUCUUAAAAGCAAGAUUUGCACGCAGUAAUGCACUUGGCACAGCAGCUGAUAGUUGGUUAGUAUAUAUGGACCGACUGUUAACAGAUGGUGUUGAUGAAGAUGAAAGUAAUGUACUAGAAAAAAAGAUAAAGAAGUUGGUUGAUCUUUAUUAUUUGGCCCUGGACGCUCCAAAGGCCAGGUCCAAGAUCAAUGUCCCUGCUGAGCUGACAGCAAAAAAGUAUCCGCACUACAUGGAUCGAAAGGAAAGCUACCAUUCGACAUCCAUACUAGGAAAAAUUUAUGACGAAGCAGAAAAAAAGCAAUCUGAGAAAGUUGAACCAGUCGAGAUAUCGUUGGACCCGCGUUUCACGGAGAGAGCAGCAUCUUCAGGAUACAAGUACCUGAACCUCUGGACAGGCCGUUAUCACGGAGAGAGCAGCAUCUUCAGGAUACAAGGAAGAAACAGACCUGAAGUCCAAAGAACUCUACCAAAAGUACAAAUACAUGCUCUACGAUGCCGCUGAAUUCGAGCAAACUCAGAGGAACCUUGACGAAGUGUUCAACGAGGCCUGCACGAUCUACCAGAUCGUCUAUGAGAAAGCAGCGAGGUUUAAGAAGGCUGGGAGAUGCAACUUCGUGUGGAAUGUGGCGGGCCGUGCGCUGUGCCGUUUCUACUCUCUCGAGGCCGAGGGUGACAAGGUGCUUGUCCCGUUGACGGUCGCUCGGAAUCUUACCAAGAAGCGCCGAAGGUAGCAGCGA